AUGCAAGGCCGCGGAAGGUGCUUCAAACUCUUUCUUGCAUUUGCUCUGCUUUUGCUACAGUACGCCCAAGGAGGAGAGAUGGACCACAAUAAGAGGGACACUAACGUGACCAGGAGGUGCAUAGAGAGGGAAAGGCAAGCACUCCUUGCAUUCAAACGUGGCCUGGUGGAUAAGUCUGAUUUCCUCUCUUCGUGGGGUUCAGAAGCACAAAAACAAGAUUGUUGCAGAUGGGUGGGAGUCUCUUGUAGCAACCAGACUGGCCAUGUUCUUCAACUUGAUCUUUCAGACGAAGUUCAAAGCGAAUUUGACAAAGUUCAAGGUAAGAUGAUUAGUCCUAAACUGAUUGAGUUGCACCAUUUACAGCAUUUGGCCCUUCCUCGGAUUGAUUUCAAUGGGAGCCAAUUUCCAUAUUUCAUUGGUUCUCUAACCAAUUUAAGAUACCUUGAUCUGUCUUGGACUCAUUUUGGAGGUAAGUUUCCAAGUCAGGUCGGAAAUCUUACGAACUUGGUGUAUCUGGACUUAAGAUAUAACAGCUUUACAAACGUAGAAAAUCUCGAUUGGCUUCCUCGUCUCUCAUCGUUAAGAUAUUUGGACUUGAGUGAAGCGAAUCUCAGCAAUGUUUUUGAUUGGCCGGAAGUCGUUAAUAAGCUUCCUGAACUAACAAACUUGACACUAAAGGAAUGUGAUCUUCCUUCUCCAAUUCUUUCCACUCUUUCUUACAUAAACUCUUCUAAAUCUCUUGCUAGCGUUGACCUUUUUUACAACCGUUUGAAUAAUUCUUCAAUAUUCGUAUGGUUGUCCAACUAUAGUGCCAGCCUUGUUCAUCUUGACCUCUAUGGGAACCUUCUAGCCGGUUCAAUUCCUGAUGUUUUUGGAAACAUGAGCUCUCUGGCACAUCUUUAUCUCUCUAAUAACCAACUUGAAGGGUCAUUACCUAAUCUUACAAACCUUUCGUCUUUGGAAGACUUGUUUCUUCGUAACAAUCAAUUAAGCGGAGUAAUUUCAGGAACUCAUUUAUCAAAACUCUCCAAACUACGGAAUUUGGAUUUAUCUUCUAACUCGCUAGUUUUAGACAUCCAUGCUGAUUGGAUUCCUCCUUUCCAACUGCACUCCAUAAAUUUGGAGUCUUGCAAGAUGGGUCCGCAUUUCCCAAAGUGGCUUCAAACUCAAAAAAAUAUAUCAUACCUUCGUAUUCCUAAUGUCGGAAUUUCCGACAUCCUUCCAAGUUGGUUUUGGAGUUUAUGUCUUACUGUGGAAUAUAUGGAUCUCGCACGCAACCAAAUUAGAGGUGCAUUUCCAAAUUUGACAUUGGAGUUUUCAUAUUCCCCAGAACAACAUCUGAGUUCGAACAAGUUGGAAGGUCCAAUCCCCUCAGUUCUAUCAAAAGCCUCACAUCUGGAUCUCUCUAAUAAUAAACUUUCAGGGUCAAUUUCGUUCUUGUGUUCAAGUGCAGCUAUUGGUUUAUUCUUUCUUAACCUCUCAAGCAACAAUGUUUCUGGACAAGUUCCAGAUUGCUUGACACAUUUGGAGAAUCUAGUCAUGCUUGAUUUGAGUUACAAUGUUUUGUCCGGGAAAAUUCCUACAACAAUAGGCUAUGUAUUUCGUAUUGAAACACUCAAAUUAAGAAGCAAUAGAUUUGUGGGACAAUUGCCUUCGUCAUUGAAGAAUUGCACAAGUUUAGUCGUCAUUGAUGUUGGGCUUAAUAAAUUAUCCGGACAAAUACCUGAAUGGUUAGGGGUUAGCUUAAAGUAUUUGGUUAUCCUGAUGCUUUCGUCUAAUCACUUCAAUGGAAGCCUGCCCUCACAAUUAUGCCAUCUAACACACAUUCAAAUUUUAGAUUUCUCCAUGAACAUCAUCUCUGGAAGCAUACCCAAAUGCCUCACCAAUUUAACUACUCUGGCUCAAAAAGGAAAUCCAAGUUUGAACAUCUCACAUUAUUAUGUAAUUUCACAUCGUCGUUGGGGAAAAUUGUAUAACGAUGAUGCAACCUUCAUGUGGAAAGGAGGAAUGCAGACAUACAAAAGUACUUUGGGGCUUGUGAAGAGAAUUGAUCUGUCAAGCAAUAAAUUAACAGGGGAGAUUCCAAGUGAAAUCACUCAGCUUGUUGGGUUGGUUUCUUUAAACCUAUCAAGAAACCAAUUAAUUGGUCAAAUAACUCCAGAGAUCGGAAACUUGCAGUCAUUGGAUUCUCUUGAUGUGUCACGAAACCAUAUAAACGGAAGAAUUCCAACAAGCCUUGCUCGGAUAGAUCGUCUUGGUUUCUUGGACUUGUCAUAUAACAACUUGUCUGGCAAAAUUCCAGUCGGGACUCAGCUCCAAGGCUUUGAUCCCUCUUUUUAUGUUGGGAAUCUUCAACUAUGUGGACCUCCACUUAAAAAGAUGUGUGCUGAUGAAGUGGAAAAAGGUCCAAGAAAGCACACUGACUUCAUCAACCAAGAGGACAAGGAUGAGCUAAUAACACUGGGAUUCUACAUUAGUAUGGGGCUUGGAUUUGUUGUUGGAUUUUGGGGAGUUUGCGGCACCUUGAUAUUUUCAAGGUCAUGGAGAUACGCAUACAUGAAGUUCUUGAAUGGUUUAAAUGAUUGGCUUUUUGUGAGGAUAGCUUUGUUGAAGCGGCAAUUGAAGGAUGCUUAAUUACUAAAGAUCAACGCAUCUUCGGAGACAUGUCUUCCCUUCAAUCAAAAUGGUGCAAAGUUGCCAUGGACAGUUGGAGUGUCUUAACUCCUUAA